AUGGCGGACAAAAAAACUACUAAACCCUCGUCUUCCUCCAAAAAACAGGGGGGAACAGGCAAGGAUAAACCAACAGUUAACCAAAUUUUGGCCCAAGCAAUUGCCUCAGUAAAGAAGGAAGAAGACCCACCUUCACCUUCUUUGGCAUUACUACCUAAGCCGACCUAUUCUGCCUAUGCUUCAGCUAAUGCUCCUGGCCAGUCUAGUGCCUUGACCAUCGCUAACAGGUUUACACCUCUUGGUAGACCA